GUUGUUGAUGCCACGUGUUUUUGGAUGCUUAUAUUUUGAACAAAUAUGAAUGUUUUUCGUUUAACUGGCGAUUUAUCCCACUUAUUAGCGAUUAUAAUAUUACUUGUAAAAAUAUGGAAAACGAGGUCUUGUUCUGGAAUAUCUGGCAAAUCACAGCUUUUAUUUGCUUUGACUUAUACCACAAGAUAUGUUGAUUUAUUUUUAACAUAUGUUUCUGUGUAUAAUUCAACUAUGAAGGUCAUAUUCUUAGUUGCAUCUUAUGCGACAAUAUAUCUAAUUUAUUUUAAAUUUAAAGCUACUUAUGAUAGAAACCAUGAUACAUUUCGAAUUGAAUCCCUAAUUAUUCCGUCACUUGUGUUAGCAAUUCUUAUUAAUCAUGAUUUUUCUUUACUAGAAAUAUUAUGGACUUUUUCAAUUUAUCUUGAAUCAGUGGCCAUUUUACCUCAAUUAUUUAUGGUCAGUAAAACAGGUGAGGCUGAAACCAUAACCAGUCACUAUCUCUUUGCACUGGGCUCAUACAGGGCCUUAUAUAUACUCAACUGGAUAUAUAGAUAUCAUUUUGAAGGUUAUCGUGAUCUAAUAGCAAUAGUUGCUGGAUGUGUACAAACUAUUUUAUAUUGUGAUUUCUUCUAUCUUUAUAUAACCAAAGUUCUUAAAGGAAAAAAUUUGAAACUACCUGCUUAAUUGAAACAUUGAAUUUUUAUAUAUGUAAUUUAAUAUUAAUUUGAAGUUCUUGAUUAUACAAAAUUUUUUUACCAAUUUCUAUUAUAUAAUUUGAUUGACAACUUAGUUACUUUUUAAUU